AUGCGUCUGGGUAUUGUCACCACAUUGGGUCUGGCCAGUGCGGUCGCUGGAAACCUACACCCUCGCUCUCAAGAAUCCCGCGACUUCUUCGCUCUCCACCUCGAUGACACCACCUCCCCUUCCGACAUCGCACAGGUCCUAGGCGCCCGCCACGAGGGCAAGAUCGGUGAACUCGAUGGACAUCAUACGUUUUCUCGGCCUCGGGAACAUGAGACUCAGACGGAUACCCUGUUAGAUGACUUACGCGCGAAAAGGAAGCUCCGGAAGCGGUCCGGGGAGAUUGAUGCGCAGAGUGACGAUCCACUAGAUGGUGUCUUAUGGUCGCAUAAGCUUGCUCCUGCAAGACAGAAGCUUCACAAAAGACUUCCUCCAGUUUCAGUGCCUUAUGAAUCGCUGGACAAGCGAAAGGUGGAUGCGCAGGCCGCUGCAGCUCAGAAAAACGUCAUGUCCACCCUCGGGAUCAGUGAUCCCAUUUUCAAGGAACAAUGGCAUCUUCUGAACACCCUGCAACCGGGCCACGAUCUCAAUGUGACGGGUCUUUGGCUGGAGGGCAUUACGGGUGAAGGAAUCGCUACUGCGGUGGUGGAUGAUGGACUCGAUAUGGACAGCAAUGACCUGAAACCGAAUUACUUCGCGGAGGGCUCGUGGGAUUUCAACGAGGGAAGUCCCGACCCCCGCCCUCUUUUGCUGGACGACAAGCAUGGCACUCGAUGCUGCGGUGAGAUCUCAGCGUCCAAGAACGAUGUUUGUGGUGUCGGUGUUGCCUACGACAGCAAGAUUGCCGGUAUUCGAAUUCUCUCCAAGCCUAUCGACGACAUCGACGAGGCGGCUGCGAUCAACUACGCAUACCAAAAGAACGAUAUAUAUUCAUGCUCUUGGGGCCCCAUUGAUGAUGGCGCUACGAUGGAUGCACCGGGAAUUCUGAUCAGACGAGCCAUGGCCAACGGCAUUAACAAGGGCCGAGGCGGCAAAGGGUCCGUUUUUGUGUUUGCCGCCGGCAAUGGCGCUCUGUAUGGAGACAACUGCAAUUUCGAUGGUUACACCAACAGCAUCUACAGCAUCACAGUCGGUGCCAUUGAUCGGCAAGGCAAGCACCCGACCUACUCAGAGUCCUGCUCGGCCCAGUUAGUCGUCGCAUACAGCAGUGGAUCUGGAGAUGCGAUUCACACCACUGAUGUUGGUGCCGACAAGUGCUUCUCCGGGCACGGUGGUACAUCUGCUGCCGGUCCCUUGGCCGCAGGAAGCGUGGCUCUUGCCCUCAGUGCACGACCAGAGCUGACAUGGCGUGAUCUGCAAUACAUCAUGGUUGAGACCGCGGUUCCUGUGAGCGAGGACGAUGGCAGCUGGCAGGUGCUGCCCUCUGGUCGCAAGUUCAGUCAUGACUGGGGCUUCGGAAAGGUCGAUACCUAUACCAUGGUCCAGCGUGCGAAGACUUGGGAGCUCGUGAAGCCGCAGGCCUGGUUUAACUCGCCUUGGCUGCGAGUUCAUCAGGCAAUUCCCGAGGGCAACCACGGACUGCUCAGCCGCUACACCGUCAGUGCUGAUCGCUUGAAAGAGGCUAACUUUGCCAAAUUGGAGCAUGUCACUGUGACUAUGAACGUCAACCACACCCGCCGCGGUGACAUCAGCGUUGAGCUGCACAGCCCUGGUGGAAUUGUGAGCUACCUGAGUGUUGCUCGCAGAAAUGAUAACGUGGCAACUGGCUAUGACGAUUGGACAUUCAUGUCCGUUGCUCAUUGGGGCGAAUCUGCCGAGGGUGAAUGGACAAUCAUUGUGAAGGAUACCGACAAGAAUGAGAACACCGGCAGUUUCACCGAUUGGCGACUAAACCUCUGGGGUGAGGCCAUUGAUGGUUCUAAGCAAGAGCUUCAUCCUCUCCCCGAGGAGAACGAUGAUGACCAUCCCUAUGAGGAUGCCCAUGUCGCCACGACUAGUGUCGCUGCCGCUCCAGUCAAGACCGGGGUGCCUGAGAACCCGGACGACCACCACGACCGACCUGUGAAUGCCAAACCACAAGAGUCUUCCAACCCAUCGUCUCCGGAACCAACACCAGAGCCGGAAACCAAGCCAGACUCGACGCCCAUCGAAGACGAGAAGGAGCCCACCAACACUUCUGGUGACGAGACCGCCUCGCCUUCAUCAUCCUCUUCCUCAGACUAUAUAUCAUCGUACCUCCCCACCUUUGGUACAUCAAAGCGUACUCAGGUCUGGAUCUACGCCUCUUUCGCGAUGAUCGUUGUCUUCUUCAUCGGGCUGGGUGUCUACUUCCAGCUGCAACGAGUCAAGCGUCGUCGCACCACUGCUCACGACGACUACGAGUUUGAAAUGAUCGAAGACGAAGAUGAGAUGCAACCCAUGGCGGGCGCCUCUGGCCGGACACAGCGUCGGGGCGGAGAGCUCUAUAAUGCCUUUGCUGGUGAAAGUGACGAGGAGAUGUUCAGUGACGAUGACGAGCCAUAUCGGGAUGGGUUGGCCAAUCAGCCAGAGAAUUCCAGUAGAGAUGAUCCCUCCCAUGGCCGUCAAGAAAAGCCAUAG